AUGGCCUCGGCCGCUGUCAUGGCUUCCGAGCCGACGUCGGGCUCGGCGCUCGUUCCGGUUACCAUCUUCCUCUCGGCCCCGUCGCCAUCUGCCAUAUCUGUCACCCUCACAACCUCGGUUCCGCCAGGCUCUCUGGCUACAAGCAAUGUUGAUUUUGACCUCGUCUCGUCGCCCAUCGUUAUCCCGGCCGGUGCCACCUCGGUUGUCUUCAACGCCGUCGUCCACGCUGAUGCCUGGUACGACGGUGGCGAGACGUUUGCCGUCACGAUCACCAGCAUCGCUGGCUCGGCCGUCAUCGGUCCCGUGGCCGCUACCGUGGUCACCAUUGACGACUCGGGCCCGCCGCCCACCCUGCAAGCUCGUGCCCCUGCGGCGUCGCCCACCUCUGCCUUGGUCCUUACUACCGCUGAAGGCGAUCGUGGCAAUACGACGCUUAUUGGCUUCGAGCUGGUAGUCUCACGCCCAUCGGAGCACGCGACACCCAUCAUCAUUACUUCACGCGAUGUCGCCUUCCCGGCCACGCGCGACGUCGACUUUCGCCUGUUGGACGCUGCCUCGGGUGCCGGUCUCUCGUCCAUCCCGCCCGCCGCCGUCUCCCACAACGUCACCGUGGCGGUCAUCGGCGACUUGGACUACGAGACAGACGAACUUGUCGCCAUCAGCUUUGCGACCCUCCCGCUGCCUGCGCCUCCGUCGCUCAACGUCACACUCACCAUCAUCAAUGAUGACACCCGCCCGGUCUUGUCGUGGGCUGCCCGUGAGGUCGCGGUCGCUGAGGGGUCUGAUCCGGCCAGCCUGCGCGGCUCCGUCGCCAAUCUCACACUUGUCCUCUCGGCGCCCUCGUACGAGCAUGUAAGCGUCGGCGUCGGCGUCGUCCUCGGUCGUGACGGCGACCCCGCCGUCGCCUCUGUUUCCGACAUCUUCGGCCUGGCCAUCAGUCCACUCGGCACGCCUCUCCUCACCCAUGCCUUCUCCUUUUAUCCGGGUACCACCCAGGUUGCCGUCCAGCUCUUUGUGGUCGGCGACGUCGAGGUCGAGGACGAUGAAGUCGUCAGCAUCGAGAUUCGCCCGGCCUCGAUAACCAACGCUCUGCUCGACGACGACGCCCGCUGGUGCGCCGUCACCAUCGUCAACGACGAUGAAGACUCUCAGCUCUCCGUUGACGGCAUCCAGCGCCGCGUCGGUAACUGGUGGUGGAUCUUUGUCCUCGCCAUGAUCCUGCUCGCCCUCUGCUGCUGCUGCUGUCUUUUCUUCCUCUGCUGCCUCCGAGAGGCUGUUGAUGACGAAGUCUUUAUCGUUGACGCCAAGCGCUCGUCGACCUCCGAGUCCUCUUCCGCGUCCUCGACUUCUUCUGCGCUAGACUCGUCUACCGCGCCUUCGUCCGAAAGUGGCGGUACUGCUAUGCCAGCAGCGCUCCCGCCGCUGCCCAUCGCGCCGCUCCCACAGCUUUCGACCCUCCCGGCUUCGUUUGCCGAACAAAUCAAGCUGCCGACGCCUGCCGUGAUGCAGGGCAAGCAGACUGUAGUCAGCAUGCCGCCGCUGCCAGACAGUGUCACCGCGCUCGACCCAGCACCCAGCACGAUAACCGCCAAGCUGAUUGCUCAGGCCAAGACGCGCAACCAGCUGCCGCCCAUCCCUGGCCUGUCCGCUGUUGACACGCCGCACGACGUCUCGGUCGUCUCGACCUCGGCCUUUGAGGCCGACGCAGGAGCCCCAUCGGCGUCGUCGUCGGUGAUUGGCUCGGUCUCAUUCGGUUCCGAGGCGGACAUGCGGUCGGCCGCCGCCCUGCGCGCCGCUAACCUCUCGCUCGACUCGCUGCUCUCUGGCGACGCCGACGACGCCGAUGGCAGUAGCUCGAUCUCCAUCUCGUCGCCAGACUCGCCAGCUUCCCCCGGCUUCUCGUCGGCCUCGUCGGCGCCGUCAUUGGCGGCGUCUUCCUCGUCCGCAUCUGCCCGCCGUUCACCCGGCCGCCGCCGCUCCAUCGGCCGUCGCAACAGCAUCACACAGCGCUCGACGCGCACUGGCCGCUCGAUAGACCUUGGGCCUAAGCGGAGCAAGGCGUCGGUCGCUGGCCGCAAGGCGCUGCCGCCCAUGCCGCCUGCGCCCGCAGCGUCGCAAACCACCAUCCUCGACGCCACCCACAACGCCACCGUAGUCGAGACCGAAUCGAACUCGAGUGGAGAGUCUUCGUCGCUCAAGGACAGUGCUUCCGACGACGACCUCGCUCUGCCGUCGUGCUCUGACUCGGACGGCCCCGCGCCGGUCAAGUCGGGCGUCGACGUGACGCUCGAGUCGUUGUCCAAGCUGCUCGACUCACCGUCGUCGGAGAUCCUCAGUCGCUCGCCUGCCCGCUCGCCCAUGCAUCGCGAGGUGCUCCGGGCACGGGCAUCACGGCUUGCGGCUGGGCUUUCGCUGCCGAGUCCUAAGGGCGGCACCAAGCCGAAGCCAAUUCUCCCGCCCAUGCCCUCGCUGCCCGGAAGCGCCCAGUCCUCACCAGUGCUUGCCCUCGAGGCCACACUUGCCAGUGGCAACGAUGGUGGCGAAGCCUCUGAUGCCGGCGCCCCGUCGUUGCCCGACUCGCCGAGCCGACGUCGCGGCGGCAACAGACUCGCGGCCUCGGGCUCGACCGAGGUCACCCAGCUCGGGCUCGGGAUCUCCGGCCCUCGCCGCGGCCGUCCCUCGCUUACCAUGCCGCCCCUGGCAGGCGCCGGCGGCUCUUCGCCGAUCCUGCCGUCAACGGACAACAGACAGUAG